GGAUAGGUGCACAGGUUGCCCAUGUCUGAAGCCACCCUAGCUGAAAAAGCCUUGAUUGAUUGGACAACAGAUGACGACCUCCUUUUCUAUGAAAGGCCCCCACGCGAAGCAUGUUCUCUGUGUUCAGACACUGUUGGUACUGCCGCAGAUGCAUCAAGCGUCAAUGUGAUGGUGCGAUUACAGUGUUGUGCAGCGGCUGUGUGCCGCAGAUGCAUCUCGAACGGGCUCUUGCCACUGUACAGUGCUUGCUGCCCCUUCUGUGAAAAAAAGCUGGCCCCCAUUGACAGAAUUGCCGGAUGCACUCAUGAUGAAGACUGGAUUGCUAUGGAAAAGCAAGAAUUCUUCCAGAAUUUGCUUCGUGAUGGCUUUGAAGGCUUUCGAUGCACAAGUGAAAGUUGCGUCAAAGGCUGUCUUGCCCGGGCGCAGAAUCCUCAAGCAGCUCUUUGUGCGGAGUGCAACCUGCCCCACUGUGCAAGAUGCGGCUGCCGCUGGCCUUCAGAUGGAAACCAUGAGUGUGAGGACUUGGUGGCACAGAGACAGAGGCAAAAAGACCGAGAGUUCAAACUUUGCCCAGGGUGCUUUCAUCCCUCGCAGCUACUCACAGGUUGCAACAUCGUCAGAUGUACCGUAAGCGCCUGUCAUUUAGAAUGGUGCUUCAGUUGUGGCAAGGCACUGAGUCAGUCCCAUUGCGGUCAUUUUCAAUGCUCUAGUUCUACGCGGUCUACGUGCAUUUUCCGCUAGAAGGCUAGAAGUGAGAAGGAGACAGGUCUUGGGAGUGGUUGUUGGUCUGGUGUCUCUGCUUAAGUUGAGCAGUUGGCACCUCCGUGCUAGGAUCAGCGAGUCCAAUGCUGAAGUGAUACUUCCCUGAGCCAUUUCCAAAUUCACUCAUCCGAUAUCAUUUAAUUUGUACCCUCAGCAGAUUUGACUUUAUUCAGAACAGCAGGAUAUCAAUCGUUCUGCAUUGACUGAACAGCUUGACGUGAUUGACUUUGGAAUCGAGAGUCUGGAUCGGCUGUUCUUGGCCUUGUUGCUUAGUGGCUUAGUCGAAGCCUUGGCUGCAGUUCAGGUUCGUAGAUGAUUCCCAAGAGGGGAAGUAUGAAGUAUCAAAACAGUGCUUCUUACCUCUAAGUUUGGAAGGAAAA